AUGGAAGAGUCUUAACUUUUGACGGAAUAUGAACCUAUCGAUUUAGGCUAAAUUAAGCCCAGCAAGAUUACAACAGAGAAGGAGUUAGAGGCAGAAGCUGCCUAAAUCUGUGAAAUACUAAAAGACAUAAAAGGAGAUUGGAAUCAGAGAUUGAAAGCUCUUCUGAGUAUUUAGUCAUUUUUAGUUUCUGACGAUAUAAGAGAAUUCUCCAAUUUCAGUAACUUUAUGAGCAAACUCGUAGCACCCUUGACUUUUCAACUUCAGGAUUUAAGAUCUCAAAUAACUAAAGAGGCAUCAAAAGGCAUUUCGCUGAUGGCUUAGGUAAUGCAGCAAAAUUUUGAACCACUAGCUCAUCGUUUCAUAUCAAAAGUUUCGUUAUUCAAGUUACUUAACGCUGCAAAACAUGUUCUUGCAGAACACUCACAUAUAUGCAUUAUCGCCAUUAUCAACAACGUUAUCUGUCCCAAUGCAGAAUACAUCUAUCUCAUCCUAAAUUAAUUUCCAGAGGAUUGCUACUUAAAUCACAUACCAAUCAUUGAGGAUCUACUAAUAAGUCUGAUUCAAGAUGCCAAGUCAGAGGCAAGAUAAAUAGCUAGAAUGGCAUAUUUCAGAUAUAAAAUGAUCUUUCCAGAUAGGUCUGAUUUUAUUUUCAAUCAUCUUGAUUCAUAGAACCAGAGAGCUAUCCUUGAUGAGGAGGAUUCCUUUGUAGAUCCAAAUUUUAUUGCAUCUAAAGCUAGAUAUACUGAAAAGUUAGUCAAUAAGAGCCCAUCUAAGUUACCUGACAGUCUUGGAGGAACUGGUAGUGGUUUUCUUGGUAUACCAGGAGCAUCUGGAAAAGAUCAACUUAAAAUGACAAGAAGUGUGAGUAGAGGCAGACCAACAACGACAUCUAAUAACCUAACUUCUAAGGCUCAAAAUGUAAGCCCUUCAGGAGGCCAUAAAAAGUAAAUGAAAUCUCCUGAUAAUGAUGAAACAGGAAGGGGAAAGCAAUCCAGAACCUCAAAACUAAAGUUCUAAUAAUACAAUAGAUUAAAUGUCAUCCCCCAAAUUAGAUGUGAGUAAAUUAAAACUAUUAAAGAGUCCUAGGCUUGUUUCCUAGGUUCAAACGAGCAAAAGACUAAUGAGACUUAAAGUUUAAAUUUCUAAAGUAAGGCUAUAGUUGAGGAAAGGAAACUUAAUUAGCACUAAAAGCAAUAAGAUCAUUAACAAUAAAACUAGAUGAAUCUAGGUUCUCCAAAACUACCUCCUGAUAGAUAAUAACAGUUACAAAGUUUAAGAGAAAAAAAGCAAAAAUAGCUUGAGGAGUAGCAAUAAAAGGAAAAGUAACACAACUUUAAUCCUCAAAAUAAUAGUAAUAAUAACAAUAGCUCUCAACAUUAGGCCAAAAUUGGCAUUAAAUCUGUAAACAUUGCACCUAUAUAAACAAAAUAAAAUAGCAUGGUAUCUCCUACAGUAAAAAAGCCUAAUAAAUUUUUAAACUAAAAAACAUAAGAGGAGAUUGACAAGUAAAAUCAGAUCAAAAGAUAAAAAAGUGCUUCUCCCACUGGUGGAUCACCGAAAAGCUCACUUUUAUAGUAAAGAGAUCAAAUUAAGAGACCUGAGAAUCUUGUUAUAUCAUAAAAGUAAAACAAGACACAGCAUAAUUUUAACUCUCAAAAGCAAGACUCGAAUGUUCAAAUCAAAGAUUAGAAGCUUGAUGAUUCUAACUAUCAAACUAUUCCAAAUUAAAGAUAGCAACCUAAUUCAAUGAAUAUUUCUAAGGUUAAGCAGAAUUAGCAAAGGAUGCAAGUUUCUCACUCUAUUCAAAAUAUACAGUAGGCUAAGAAUUAGGCUUAAGGCUCAUCUCAGAUGUAAUAACCUACUUAAAUAGUCAAAAAGGAUAAUUUACUUGAUUAAAAUUAGCUCAAUAGCUCUGACGAGUAAAAGAUAUUUGAAGAGCUUGACUUCUUAAAUUAAAAUGAAAGUAUUGAAUCGCUUGUAGUGUCAGCAUAAAGCUCAAAUCUAAAUGAAAGAGUCAGAAGUUUUUAAAUGAUUAAGAAUUCUGAAGAUUAAUUGCAGGAAUGUAGUGAUUAACUGCUAAAGAAACUUUUUAAAAUACAUCUAGAUUAUCUUUAAGACAAAGACGAAAGAGUAAUGGUAGCCGUUUAAGAAUCACUACUUACACUAGUAUAGUAUAAGCAUACAUUAGUUGAUAAGUACUUAGACUCAAUGAUCCCCACUUUGUUACAAAAUAUGGUAGGUCUUAGCGAGUAAGUAAGCAUUCUUUCAAGUGAUUUAAUCAACAUCAUAUGCUUGCAGCAAAAUGCCUCAGACAUAGUGUUGAUUUUAAUGGACUUGCUUAGAGAGUAGUCAGUAAAUCAUAAAAUUGUAACAGCAGCCUUAGAGGUUUUAGUAGUGCUUCUAAAAGAUGAUUAAGAAUACUGCAAUAAAAAUGCAAACGUCUUAGAGACUACACUCAAGAUAGUGGAGCUCUUAGAAACAAACAACAAUAAUAUGGAUGUAAUAAUGCCAUCAAUUGCAGUAAUGCUUGCUAUGAGAGAUAAAAAUUUUGAGGGUACGAUGAAAGCACUCUUAUUCCUGAAAAGCCAACAGCUGAAUGUUAUAUUAAAACUUGCGCAAUAGUUUGCUCCUGAUUUUGAAAACGACAUUAAGAAGAAUGUUUUAUCUGAUUAGGUGUAGAAUUUCUUGCGAGGUCAAUCUAUUAAUGAUGAGAGUGAAAUAGAUAAAUUUUCUCAUUCUUAAAGAUCAUAUGAUUCACAUUCCUUUAAGGAACCUAUCUUUAAUGAUACUUACAACAGUCAUAUUGAUCUUGGAAGUCAAAUACUCCAAAGUGAGGAGAACUUAAAAGAGAACUUCUAGGAUAUAGAGAAGGCAUCUCCAGUAAAUGUCUUGCAACAGCAAAUGACAAAUAGAACAAUAAGUGAUCAGAUGAAUUCUAAUAAGAGUUCACAAAGACAUAGCAAAAUUAAGAAUGAAAAUUUUGAAAAUGAUAGUAACUUGAAUGAUGACCUCGAUAAUUUUAAUGAGUUAGUAAACUUCACAUAAGGAAGUUCAAAGAACUAUAUAAUUAGCAAAGCAGGAGAUGUGCUUGAUGAUUAAAUUGAGGAUGGUGUUAGCCCAAAGCCUAGACUUAGCAUUAUUCAAGAUAAGAUCAAUAGAAGUUCAGAAAUUAGUGAAUUCUCAUAAAUUUUGAGGGCAUCAAUACCGAAUCAAAGGUAAAAAAUAUUUGACAGGAUAGAUGAAACACUUUUGAUGGAGGAUCCUAACAACAUUAUUAGUUCUCUAUUUGAGGAACUUAUUAAGUUUUUCUUUGAUUUGUUGAAGAGUGAUGAGUCAGUUGGAAUUAAAGAGCAGUCUUUUAAAUGUCUAUUUAGAAUACUGCAACUCAAAGUUCAAUAGACAAAGUAAAUUCUUUCAAAUAUCAUAGAAGACAUUGCAAUAGCUUACUUCCUCAAUAAAAAGAUGAUUCCAAUGUUUGAAAAAAUUUUAAGCAUACUAGUUGCAACCUAAGAUUAAGAGUAAAUCUUCAUUUUAUUAGACAAGCUAAUGCAAAAUCAUCAGCAUCCUCAGCUUCAAAUUAUGAUCAAAAUGACAACACUCCUUUUUAAAAUACUAAACAACCACAAACUAAUUGAUAAAUACUUCUCAGUAAUGUUUGAAAACUUAUUCUAGGUAAUACUUAAACAUUAUUUAUAUUAAAAAUAGCUCAUGUCACACGAUUCAGCUAAUGUAAGGAAAUCGCUAGUUUUCUGCAUGGUUGAUAUGUACUUUGUAAUGGACCACAAUGACUUCAGCAAGUAUCUUACUUAGUUCAAUGUGAAUUAGCAGAAACUUGUGAAUAUCUAUAUUGAAAGGAAAAGUGGCGGCUCAUCAUCUCCUAAAAAUGAAUGA